AAAAAAUUUGAUGAUUGUAGUGUACCUGUAUAAUGUAUGUAGGGUGAAAUACACCGAAUUUGAUUUUUUUUUUGGGUUAAAAUAACGUCAAUAUGAGUACAUUUGCGCGCCUAUAUAUGGCACCCACUGCAUAGCCAGCUGAUCCAUCUCAUAUCCACGUCAUCAUUUAUUGUCUUCAUACACAAGGGGGAGAAAAAAUCGGCCUCCAUAGAUACUUUCCCUUUGCUAAUCAUAGCGGAAAAAUCCUCCAAAACCACAUAUAAAUUCACAAUCUGCGCCCCUCACAUUUUCCCCACACAGACAUUUAUUAACAAUCUCUGGUUGUGUGUGUGCUUGAUAUUUUUCUGCGUGUGUGGACGUUGUGUGGUGGUGUUGAUGUGAUGGAGCAGAAGCACGUGUUCCUGUCGGCAUUGAGCAUAGGCGUGGGGGUCGGCGUCGGGCUCGGCCUGGUGUCCAGCUCGACCGUCGGAAAAUGGACCGGCGGCGAAGGCUCGGCGGAAGCGGACGGCAUCUCCGCCGGGAAGCUGGAGAUGGAGGUGCUCCGGCUGGUGGUGGACGGGAAGGACAGCAAAGCCACGUUCGAGGACUUUCCGUAUUUUCUCAGUGAAAAAACACGUGUGUUGUUAACAAGUGCUGCCUGUGUUCAUCUGAAACACUUGGAUGUAUCUAAGCACACUCGGAAUCUUUCGCCUGCAAGUAGAGCUAUACUGCUCUCAGGGCCUGCAGAAUUGUACCAGCAAAUGCUUGCCAAGGCUCUGGCACAUCACUUUGAAGCGAAGUUGCUACUGCUGGAUUUAAACGACUUUUCGCUUAAGAUGCAAAGCAAGUACGGUAUCGCCAAGAAAGAUUCUUCUCUCGCAAGAUCAAUCUCGGAAGCAACAGUGGAGCGAGUGUCCAGUUUUCUCGGUUCCUUCUCUAUGCUUCCAUACAAAGAUGAUAACAGAGGCACAUUGUCUGGGCAAAGGAGUGGACUGGAUGUUACUAUGAGGGAUACUGAAGGAGCCAACACUUCCACAAGGCCUCGCAGGACGUCCUCUGUCUCUUCAGAUAUGAGUAGUAUAAGUGGACUGUCUUCCUCUUCCAGUCCAGCCCAUCCCAAGCGUGUAUGCAGCUGGUCUUUUGAUGAGAAACUUCUUUUGCAGUCGGUUUAUAAGGCCUUAGUUACGAUUUCCCAAACAAACUGCAUAAUUCUCUAUGUCCGUGACGUCGACAAGCUUUUUCUCCAAUCCCCGAGGUUGUACAAAUUGUUCGAAAGAAUGUUGAAAAAAUUGACGGGGCCUGUUUUGGUACUCGGUUCCCGAAUGUUAGACCUCGAUGACGACUGUGUUGAAUUAGAAGAUAGGCUGAGCCUUCUAUUUCCUUACAACAUUGAGAUUCGGCCGCCAGAGGACGAGAAUCACCUGGUGAACUGGAAAAGUCAGCUGGAGGAGGAUAUGAGGAAGAUCAAAAUUCAGGACAACAAGAACCAUAUAGCAGAGGUAUUAGCUGCGAAUGAUCUCGAGUGUGAGGAUUUGGGGUCGAUAUGUUAUGGUGACACCAUGGCUUUGAGUAACUACAUUGAGGAGAUUGUUGUCUCAGCUUUGUCGUAUCAUUUGAUGAACAACAAGGACCCUGAGUACCGCAAUGGGAAGCUCGUUAUAUCAGCUAACAGUUUAUCUCAUGGAUUAAGCAUUUUCCAAGAAAGUAAAAAUGGUGGAAAAGGUACCAUCAAAUUGGAGACUAAUGCCGAAGGUGUCAAGGAGUCUGACAGGAAAGGGGACGCCGGAUCCAAACCUGAAUCAAAGUCCGAAAACCCAACAUCUGAGAACAAGGGCGAGGCAGAAAAGCCAAAUUUGUCAACAAAGACGGAGCUUGAUAGUGCAGUCAUCUCAAAACCCGCUGAAGUCCCUCCGGACAACGAGUUUGAAAAGCGGAUAAGGCCCGAGGUCAUCCCGGCUGACCAAAUCGGGGUCACGUUCUCCGACAUCGGCUCCCUAGAGGAGACCAAGGAGUCCCUCCACGAGCUCGUCAUGCUCCCCCUCCGCCGGCCGGACCUAUUUUCAGCCGGCGGCCUCCUCAAGCCCUGCCGAGGCAUCCUCCUGUUCGGGCCCCCGGGCACCGGCAAGACCAUGCUCGCCAAGGCCAUCGCCAACGAGGCUGGCGCAAGCUUCAUCAACGUCUCCAUGUCCACCAUCACCUCCAAGUGGUUCGGGGAAGACGAGAAGAACGUGCGGGCCCUCUUCACACUGGCGGCAAAAGUGUCCCCGACUAUUAUUUUCGUGGAUGAGGUUGAUAGCAUGCUUGGGCAGAGGACGAGGGUUGGUGAGCACGAGGCAAUGAGGAAGAUUAAGAAUGAGUUCAUGACGCAUUGGGAUGGGCUGCUCACCAAGCCUGGGGAGAGAAUUCUGGUGCUAGCGGCUACUAACAGGCCUUUCGAUCUCGAUGAAGCCAUUGUAAGGCGUUUUGAGCGCAGAAUUAUGGUUGAUCUACCUUCAGUGGAAAACAGAGAAAAGAUCUUGAGAACCCUUCUGUCGAAAGAGAAGGUUGAAAACCUUGAUUUCAAAGAGAUUGCAACAAUGACAGAAGGAUACAGCGGAAGUGAUCUCAAGAAUCUAUGUGUGACGGCAGCUUACCGACCAGUGAGAGAAUUCUUACAGCAUGAGAGGCAGAGAGACAAGAAGAAGAAGCAGAAAAACGAAAAAGGCGAGAGCACUGAAGAUGCUUCUGGUACCACUGUAGAAGAAAUCAAAGAGGAAAAAUCAAUUUCUUUAAGGGCCUUAAACAUGGAGGACAUGAGGCAGGCCAAGAAUCAGGUUGCCGCCAGUUUUGCAACUGAGGGAUCCGUAAUGGCUGAGCUAAAGCAGUGGAACGAGCUAUACGGAGAAGGAGGCUCGAGAAAGAAACAACAGUUAUCUUAUUUCCUAUAGAGCUUUGGGACUGUACACAUUAAUGACGUAAAGAAAACUCACAUCAGCUUUUCUCGGGGAAUUUGGCCAAGAUGCUUGAGAAAAAUUACACGACUGUUUGGACCAAAAGCCAAAGGACCUGCCUAGAUGCCGUUCGAUUCUAGUUUAUUGUCCGAGUAAAUUGUUCCAAGAUUGGAUUUAGCAUGUAAUUAUUUCACUUUGGAGUGCAUUCUCUGUAUGUGCAUUGUUGGAGAGGAGAUUGGAAGUUAUGUAUAUCAGCAUUGUUGGAGAGGAGAUUGAAAGUUAUGUAUAUCAGGAAUUCAGGAUUGAUAGUAAUGCUAUAUUAUAUGACUCUAAGAAGGAAGGGAAUUGUCUGUCUGUACGGUUUGUGCAAAUAACUUAUGAAGCAUUGUUGUGCUCACGAGUUUUUUUAACUUUUGAAGCAUUUUGAAAACGAUAUAUUGAGUCUAACUGCAAAUCUUGUAAGGUUGAUUGAUUACGAUAUAUAACUUAAUUAAUCAGGAAUGAAAACUGUAACGGUGUGGAAAUACUCCUUCAGAAAUUGCG